UGGGAAGGCCGAGGGCGGGCCGGCGGCGGGGGUCUCAGGCGUGGGGCGUGGCCCGCUCAUCCGUGGCGCAAGAUGGCCCUGCCCUUCGUACGGUCGCUGUGCCUGUGCCGCUGGGGAGCCAAACGAUUGGGGGUCGCCGCCGCGGAAGCCCGCAGAGGCAUCAGUUUCAAACUGGAAGAAAAAACCGCUCACAGCAGCCUGGCACUCUUCAAAGGUGACACAGGUGUCAAGUAUGGCUUGGUGGGAUUGGAGCCCACCAAAGUGGCCCUGAAUGUGGAGCGCUUCCGGGAGUGGGCAGUGGUGCUGGCAGACACAGCGGUCACCAGUGGCAGGCACUACUGGGAGGUGACAGUGAAACGCUCCCAGCAGUUCCGGAUAGGAGUGGCAGAUGUGGACAUGUCCCGGGACAGCUGUAUUGGUGUUGACGAUCGCUCCUGGGUGUUCACCUAUGCCCAACGCAAGUGGCAUACCAUGUUGGCCAACGAGAAAGCCCCUGUUGAGGGCAUCGGGCAGCCAGAGAAGGUGGGGCUGCUGUUGGAGUAUGAGGCCCAGAAGUUGAGCCUGGUGGAUGUGAGCCGGGUCGCUGUGGUCCACACGCUACAGACAGAUUUCCGGGGUCCAGUGGUGCCUGCCUUUGCCCUGUGGGAUGGAGAGCUGCUGACCCACUCAGGGCUUCAAGUGCCUGAGGGCCUCUAGUUAUAUCCAUCAAUGGAGUCCCUAAUCAUGCUCUUGGCCAGCCUCCUGCUGAAAGUGUCUGAAUCCUUUUAAUUCUGCCCCAAGCAGCCUCUAGCUCCCACUAUUCAGUGUCUGGUCCUCUGUGCAAUUCUUAGUCAUCUUCCUCUCUCCUCCCCUGCGAAAGCUAGACAUGCAGCCACCCUCUCCCCUCCCCCAAACUACCGCCCAUUUCCGUGGCUACCAGGAAUGCACUUUCCCUGAUUGCCUCCCUGUGCCCAGGCCUUUCUCAGACUGUGUUCAGUCGUUGGGUCUUGGCUUUUAGCUUUGUUCGCAUUUAUUCAUCACUGUGAUACCUCUCCCUCUCUUUGCCUACAUGUAACUUCUGUUUGUUGGGGCUCUACUGAAUCUCUCCAGAGUAAAUGCUUUCUACCUCUGGCUGGAGGAGUGGUGCAGUCAACGCUUGGCCCUUUCUCUACAGCACAUAGAGUCUGGGCUCUGGCUCCCUCAGGAAGUGCUUUACUGACAGUGUCAGACUGAGGACAGAGCCCUCCUUCCCCAGUACCUCAAUGCCACAGACUCUCAGCUCCACACAGCUGUAGCUAUCCCCUCCCUGAGUCCAUCCGCCUUAAUCUGCACACCUCUGACACAGUCGAUCCAUAAUCAUUGGGCCAGUUACAACCAUGACCAAAGGGGAAGAGACACUUGGGGCAUAUUGAGGGGAUUAGUGUUAGAAACUUUAUUCUUAAGAAGUUCUAUCUUCAUUCUGCUACAAUUGGAACUUCCAGAGGGAGGAGGGAGGCCUGAGGUCUUGCACAAUCCAUUUUUGGGCCUGCUCAGACCCCAGCCUUCACCCCUGCUUGGCAGCAGAAUACACUUAACCUAAAGCAGUAUUUGGGGUUGAGGGAAACCUGGUGGGGUGAGUAUGUAUGUGAAAUAUAUAUUGUUUGGGCUCUAUCUGACACUGUGGUUCUAUCUUAUUCUACCUUUAUGAUGGUGAUGCAGCUGGGUGCCCCUACAGGAAAAAGAGAAGGAUUGGGUUUAGCAAAAAUAAUUUGUGUAAUUAAAGUUUAUUUGAGCACAAAA